GGGUGAUAACGGACCCAGCGCGGAUUGGUGAGUGAUAACGGACCCAGCACGGAUUGGUGGGUGAUAACGGACCCCGCGCGGAUUGGUGGGUGAUAACGGACCCCGCGCGGAUUGGUGGGUGAUAACGGACCUAGUGCGGAUUGGUGAAUGAUAACGGACCUAGUGCGGAUUGGUCGAUGAUAACGGACUCAGUGCGGAUUGGUGGGUGAUAAUGGACCCAGUGCGGAUUGGAGGGUGAUAACGGACCCAGCGCGGAUUGGUGGUAUUUUUUCUAUCAACAAAUCUUCAGUUGACAGAAAAGUGAUACAGAAGAAACGCCAAGACACAUUAGAUAUGUGUCGUAUUUUCAACGCGGAGAACGACAAGCUACAACUGUUGCAACCUCGUUCCGAAGACAGGACUCAUUACAGAAACAGAAGGACUAAAAGAGACGUGGGCCUAAUGAAAUUGGGAAAUCCCGUCUUGGACGAUGAAAGCGCUAAAAGAAUAGAGAACAUAGUUGAUAAGUUGUACGAAGAUCUAGAUGAGAGAGUCACGUACAGGCAGAGGAUUCUCGCGCCAUCUACUAUGCCAGCGUUUGAAGUUAAUAAAACCAUGAGAAGAUUCAACUUUGCACCAGCUGAAUUGAUACACCAAACGACGACACCUCCAAGUGGUUCCGUGAAGGAUGACCAUGAUUCACCAGCAGUACCGUGGCAUAAGAAGUGGAAACACGGAAUCGUGCCAUAUUUCAUCGACCCUAAAACUUACGAUGCACAAUUGGGCGAGAUUAUUACGAAGGCGUUCCAAUACUUCGAAAGAGCCACCUGCAUAAGAUUGCAGAGGCUUCGAGAUAAGCCCGCUGACGAAGAAUCCAUGCAGAACGUCGAAUGGCUUUACAUCACGAACCCUUCAGGCAUCAGACAGUGUGUGCACAGUAACGAGAAGAAGGAAAACAUAGGAGUCCAGAAAAUAGUCUUCGGCUACGACUGCUUGUCUCUUGGUCAGAUAGUGCAUGAAAUCAUGCAUGUUUUGGGUUUCUCACACGAACACACUAGACCAGAUCGGGAUAAGUACAUAACGAUACUGUGGAACAACGUCAAACCAGGGUACAAAAAAUAUUUUGAAAAGCGUACCAACGACCAGCUGAUGAAUAUACCAUACGACUACUUAAGCGUAUUACAUUAUCCACCUAGAGCAUUUUCCAAAAACGGUCAAAUAACCAUUAUGGGACAGGUUAUACAAGAUGUGAGACUUGGUCAACGUGAAGGUCUAAGUGAAACGGAUGUAGAAAAAGUCACUUAUAUAUACGGACAUGAAUGCAUUGAAAGAAACAGACAAUACUUAUUAAAAACAUGUCCCAGUGUUGUGCGAGCGACUGCGCCAUUGAAAAAUGUAUCACGUGAAGAUAUAACUGAUUACUACAGAGAUAGACUAUGGCCGUACGGUAUCGUUAAUUACAAGUUGAAAGAUAAAAUGGAAUUCACUACUGAAGAAAGAGAAAAUAUUCAAUCCGUAAUCAGCCACAUAGAAAAGGAAACGUGUAUCAGAUUUAAAGAUAUUUCCGAAGAAGAAGACAAUGAUGACCGAGGUGAAGCGGAUGGCGAUCGUGAUGUAGAACAGUUAGCUGACAGUGAGGGUGUUCAAAAAUCAGGAACAGAAACAAACGGUGAAGGAGCAAUUGAUAACGUUCCUUAUAGCGAUGAUGCAGGACAAAUGACUGGAAAGUUGACUGAGAAUGAGGGUUUCCAAAAAUCGGGAUCGGAAACAAACAGCGUAGGAGCUCCUGAAAGUCCUCAGAAUAGUGAUGACGUAGGCCCAGUGAGUGAAACUGGUGGUGAUAUAGUUCAGUUAGCUGACAGUGACAAUCCCGGCCAAUCAGGAGCAGAAGGAAAAAAUGACAUUGUGAAACUUGAUAGUGAUAAUGGAAGUAAAUCUCCUGCGAUCCCAGACAAUAGCAAAAGUCUUUUAAGAAAAGGCAAUAAGAAAAAGCAACAAAAAGUGAGACUAUCAAAAAUAAUAAAACCAGAACAAUUAAUGAAACCACGUAACGCAAAAAUAUAUCGACGACAUGCGCAAAAUAUUCUCGUCUUGGAAAGGUCUUCAGAACCAGGAUGCGCCUGUCCUCCUCCAGGGAAACCUUUUGGGAAUGCGGUAUUAAAAAUCAGCGCUGAUUGUUUUAAUUCUGUUAACGAUUUACUGCACCUGAUUGUGCACAUAUUGGGAUUGGAACAUCAACACAAUAUGCACGACCGCGACGAUUUCCUUCAUAUUUUGUGGGACAAACUUACACCAGAAAUCAGGAAUGAAAUGAAAGACAAGUUGCCACCAGCUGCAUCGGUUGGCUUCACAUACGAUUAUCAGAGCGUCAUGCACUACCCCUGGCUACAAAUAAAGAAUGGCGUCACCAAUGUGAUGUAUCCUAUAUGGAAUGACGGCUGGGCAAUGGGACACUGGCAAGGACUUAGUUCGAUCGACGUACAAAAACUAAACAAUCUUUACUUCGAGCAGUGUGUUGAGAGAAAGAAACAAGAGAGUGCGCAUUAAUAAAAUAUGAACGAAUCAAAGUAUUGUGUUCAGUGUUUGUAUUUUGUCCUCUAAUUUUAAAACAAUAGCAUAAAGCCGGGUUGAAAAUAAGCGGCCACUGCACGACAAUUUUCAGAGUAUAUAAUACUUACC